CGGAGGAAGCACGAAGUCCAUUUAUAACCGCCCCCAGUAAACAGGAGGCUUUUUCCCAACAGCUGCAGCUCAGUCAGGACGUUUGGACCAAACACUGCAACAUGACCAGAAAACUACAAAACCCAAACCUGGAUGACGCCAAGAGCAGGAAAAGGAUUCUGAAACCAGCUGUUGAAAAGAAGAGGAGAGAUCGAAUAAAUCAGAGUCUUGCUGAACUGAGAAGUUUGCUGUUGAAUCACACAUCGGAUCCACGACUGCAGAAUCCCAAAAUAGAGAAAGCAGAGAUUCUGGACUUGGCUGUGGAAUAUCUUCAGAAGUGGACUGAUGUGAAGAAGCUGAGCAAUGUUUUAUCUCUUGCCCUGGUCUUUUCACCUGUUCCAGAUUCCAACAGUCAGAUGAAGACUCAUGCUCCUGUGGUAAGCCUUCAUCACCCAGAGUCUAGUCCUCCUCCUCUCUUCACCAUUCAGAGUGCUGGUUUUCAGCAGUGCAUGGCCCAACUGACCAGCUACAUGCACAAAAUAACACCAGCACAGAGAACGAGCCUGAUCGAGGGACUGAGACAUCAUGCAGAGACCCAGCAGCCGAAACCAGACUUCAGCCAGAAAAUUACUGAAACUGAGACACCACAUGCAGCGUCUGUGGAUUCAGUCUGUGCAUCUGAGGGAAAAGACGAGUCGUCCAAGUCGCUGUUUCCCUCCCAUUCUCCAUUCCAGCCUCACUCAUGCUCCACGCCGUGCCAUGACUACCUCUCCCCUCCCACUUCUCCCUGGUUCUCUCCUUCUUUCUCCUCAUACGCCACCUCCCCUCCUUUCCCGUCAUUUGCCUCUCACUUCUCCUUCCCCCCCAGCCUGUCGCCUCCGUCUUCCAACACCUCCCUCUACAGUUUCUCACCCACAGCCCCUCACGCUGGACCUUCUGGCUUCCACUUCCCCCCACUCACCGCCCUGAGAUCCUCUCCACAACCUGCGCCGAGGGAGGGGUCACUACCAAACUCUUCACCCAUGUGGAGACCUUGGUUUUAAUGAAGUGGCGCAGAGACUGACAAACUGAGAACAGUGGAGCCACUUAGUGGGAAUAAACUGGAAUGUCUGGAUGAGACGAUGAAUAACCUCCCAUGCCUACAAUGUACAGUGUAUAUAUUAUUAUUAAAAUGCCCUAUAUUUUGUAUUUCUCUUGUAAAUAAUAAAAAAACAUACUUGAAGUGAAGUUUCAGCUUCAGCA